AUGACCUCCCUGAAGAUGCUGCUUCUGGCCGCCCUCCUCCUGGGGGCUUCCCUGCAGGACACCCAUGCAGCUCGAGGAGCCAGUGUGGGCCGGGAGUGCUGCCCGGAGUACUUCAAAGGGGCCAUUCCUCUCAGGAAGCUGGUGAGGUGGUACCGGACCCCAGGGGACUGUCCCAGGGAUGCCAUCGUGCUGGUGACUCUCCGAAGCAGAUCCAUCUGUUCGGACCCCAAGGACGUGCGGGUGAAGAAGGCAGUCAAGCACUUGAAGAACACCAUGAAGCCACGUGACCUGGCCGCCCAGCCGUCCUGACUUCUCCCUGGACCAUCUGGAGUCUUCCCGCCUCCACGUUCACUACCCCAACCCCGAGCUCCCUGGGUCCAGUGGAGGCCUUACAAGGACAAAGAGGCCCCUUGUCCCCUUCUCCGAUUAAAGUUUU